CUUUAUUUCCGGGUAGAGAUUUGAUACCCCCUGAUAAAUCCUUGAAAAAAAAACAGUGUGUCGAUGUAGAUUGCUACGGAGGAGCAUUUGCUACACAGAUGGAUUGCUGCUGCUUCAGCCCGUGACGUUAUUGUCUCUAUUCUUCUGAGGAUUGAUCUUUUCACAUACUGUAUGUUUAUGGAUCCUCGAUUCACUGGCUUUGCAGAGCACGAAGAUCCAUUCCUUGUUUCAACCUUUCUGCAAUCGUUGGAUACUCCUCAAAAUGACUCUUUAGCAGCUCUGGGUUUCACCGAUAACCCUUGGACCACACUUGGUUCCAACCAUGGCCAUUUUGUUCCACCUGCAGAUUUGGAUUCCCCAGAUGCCGAUGACCCUAUGUCCAAGGGUCCACCUGCAGAUUUGGACUCCCCAGAUGAUGAUGACCCUGUGUCCAAGUACCUCAGCCAAAUACUAUUGGAGGAGAACAUCGGUGAGAAGCCGAGUAUGUUCCAUGAUGCAGUUUCUCUUCAAGCUGCCGAGGAUGACUUCUCAAGCUCCCAUGAUAAGAGCCAACUUUCACCUCAUCAAUCCCAAGUUAGCCAUAAUAACCCAGAAAGCUCAGGCAACAUAUAUGAGAAUUCCAAUGCAAGCAAUGGCACCAUUGGUUCUCUAAAUACAAAUAAUAUCCAAGUAUCAGAUGUCAGUAAGCUUGGAAAUAUGUUUGGUGACACAGAGGCCAUACUAAAUUUCAAGAGAGGAAUGGAGGAAGCUAGUAAAUUCCUGCCCGCUAAUAAUGAAUUGUUUAUUGAUUUCGAUAGAUACCCAUUUCCUCAAAAGACAGUUGAGUUGCCUAGGGAUAAUGCUAUAAACAAGGUAAGGAAUACUGAGAUUGAUAACAAUUCACUUAGAGGAAAGAAGCAUCAGCAUCCCGAUCAUGGCUAUGAGUUUGAAGAAGAGAGGAGCAGCAAGUUAUCUGCGGUUUAUGGGGAAGAACAGUUAUCGCAGAUGUUUGAUAAGGUUUUGCUGUCUGAUAGUAAUGUGAAAAAUCGUGUGAAGAAUAUUCAAUGCUCACCUGAAGUAGUUGGCAAGGGCAGGCCUCGUAAUGGUGGGAAACGACAUCCUAAUAAGCAGCAGCAGGGAGAUACAACAAGUGAAGUUGUAGAUCUGCAUACUCUUUUGAUAAGAUGUGCACAAUCGGUUGCCACUGACGACCACAAGUCUGCAAAUGAACAAUUAAAACAGAUCCGGAAGCACUGUUUGGUCAAUGGUGAUGCAGAUCAGAGGGUGGCAUAUAUAUUAGCAAACAGCCUUGAGGCGCGUCUGGCUGGCACGGGGACCCUCCUCUUUAAGUCCCUAACCCCUAAAGGAAUCACAGCUUUUGACAAGUUAAAAGGAUACCAGGUUUACAUGUCCGCAAUUCCUUUUAAGAGGACAGCAAUAGACUUGGCAAAUAAAAUGAUUUACAUGGUCUCAUUGGAAGCCAAAGCGCUACAUGUCAUCGAUUUCGGCAUUCAUUACGGUUUCCAAUGGCCCAUCCUUCUCCAGCAUCUUUCGAACAGGCCAGGUGGGCCUCCUACACUUCGUAUUACCGGAAUCGAUUAUCCUAAACCUGGUUUCCGUCCAGCGGAAUUGAUAGAAGAGACCGGGCGCCGCUUGACAGAUUAUUGUGAACGCUUUGGCAUACCAUUCAAGUACAAUGCCAUAGCGACACGAAAUUGGGAGACGAUUAAAAUUGAAGAUUUGGAGCUUGGUGAUGAUGAGAUGGUUGCCGUGAAUUGCUCAUUCCGGUUUAAAGACGUGCUUGAUUAUAAGGUGGUUAUGGAGGAUAGUCCUCGUGAUGCCGUCCUCAGGCUAAUCAGGAAAGUGAACCCAAGGGUUUAUGUGCAAGCUGUUGUAAACGCAGCUUAUGGCACGCCAUUCUUUGCUUCUCGGUUCCGGGAUGCUCUCUACCACUACUACUCCUUCUUUGAUAUUUUCCACACUUUAUUUCCCCGUAACGAUCCGCAGAGGCUCCAACUUGAGCAUGAUAUCUUUGGGCGGGAGGCGUUGAAUGUGGUUGCAUGUGAGGGCACGGCAAGGGUUGUGAGACCCGAGACAUACAAGCAGUGGCAGAUAAGGAAUACUAGAGCUGGGUUCAAACUUCUUCCAUUGAACCCAGAACUGAUGGCCAGGUUGAGGAAAAAGGUGAAGACAGGGUACCACAAAGAGUUUGUGUUUGAUGAAGACGGCGGUUGGAUGGUGCAGGGAUGGAAGGGGAGGGUUCUUACCGCUAGCUCCUGUUGGGUGCCUGUGUAGAAAGAAAAGAAACCUGUGUGAAAUGGUGGCCCCAUUUACCUAGCUCGACCCCUACGAGAGGCUCUGCCCCUGCUUCCGGAGGCUGCUGUCCCCACGAACCUCGAUAUAGAAUUUCUAAUAUCAUUGAACGAGCGUGUACUAUGCAUCACUCAACUCGUUAACAAAGGUCUAUUAAAGUUAUCGUAUGCUAAGGAAAUUCAAUUACAUAAAUUACCUUGUUAAUAGUAAAAUUACGAAUGGGCAAAUUCAUUCAAUUGUAAUAGCAAAACUCGAGAGACAAUUAUCUUUGAU